GUAGCCGGCGUUCGUACGAGUCGGAUCGGUUGCGUUCUUCAUCCGUCGUUUUCUCAAUCAGUUGACGUUCCAGUUUUCCGAUUGACAGUACAAAUCGGUAGAACUGAGAUAAAUAACGAGUGUUUGUGAAUUCAUCCUUAUCUCACGUCAUCGCGCACUCCGAGAACCUCGCGGAGUGUUUUCUGUCGAGCGUUACAGCGAAGAAAAAAGGAAAAAUGUCGCAGCAACAAUAUUAUCCCUUCAAGUGCACUCCAACUGUGUAUCCUGCGGAGCCAUUUGAUGCCAAUGCAGAUGCUGCUAUUUUGCGUAAAGCAAUGAAAGGUUUUGGCACCGAUGAAAAAGCCAUCAUUGAUGUACUGACAAAGAGAGGCAUUGUUCAGAGACUGGAGAUCGCAGAGGCGUUUAAAACUCUGUAUGGAAAGGAUCUGAUCAGUGACUUGAAGAGUGAACUAACUGGCAAACUGGAAGAUGUCAUAGUUGCUCUUAUGACCCCACUACCGCAUUAUUAUGCCAAGGAGCUACAUGAUGCUGUAAGCGGUUUGGGCACUGAUGAGGAAGCGAUUGUCGAGAUUCUGUGUACUCUCAGCAAUUACGGCAUCCGCACGAUUGCUGCGUUUUAUGAGAACUUAUAUGGAAAAACACUUGAGAGCGAUUUGAAGGGUGAUGCUUCGGGCCAUUUCAAGAGAUUACUGGUUUCUCUUGUACAAGCAAAUAGAGAUGAAAAUCAGGGAGUCGAUCAUAAUCAAGCAGCCGCUGAUGCCCAAGCAUUGUACGAGGCUGGUGAAAAACAAUGGGGUACAGAUGAAUCACAAUUCAAUGCGAUUUUGGUAACUCGCAGCUAUCAACAACUGCGACAGACAUUUAUUGAGUAUGAGAAAAUAUCGGGGCAUGACAUUGAGGUCGCCAUAAAGAAGGAGUUCUCCGGUAGCGUCGAGAAAGGCCUACUUGGAAUAGUGAAAUGUGUGAAGUCGAAGGUUGGAUUUUUCGCUGAACGACUGUACGCCAGUAUGCACGGCAUAGGCACGAAGGAUCGGACAUUAAUCCGUAUCAUUGUGUCCCGAAGCGAAAUCGAUUUGGGAGACAUUAAAAAAGCAUUCGAGGAACGCUUCGGCAAGUCACUGGAGAACUGGAUAGCCGGAGAUACUUCGGGAGACUACAAGAAAGCACUGCUUUCCCUCGUUUCCACGUAAUUUCGACGAAGCAAUUAAGGAUUCAGAUGUGCGCUUUGUCAUUGUUCGAUGAGUAUAUCUACAAACAAUUUUACGCCUGCACACAAGUGCCAGCUUAAUUGCUUGAACUACUAAUGUGAAAUUAGGAGAUAUAUCUUAAUGCAUUUUGAAAUAUUACUUUUGUAAUACUUUUUUCUUUUGGGAUCUUACUCUACUGUAUUAUGUAGGCCUAUAAAAUUUUGAAACACUGUGCAUGUCUACCGCACAAAAUAUCGACUUAACUAUACUUAAUUAAAUUAUAUUUUGUAUAUUCUUACUUCUGUCAAAAGAUCUGGAAAGAUUUAUAUAAAGAAUCUUGUAGCUCGUAAGCAUGAUUGAGGAAUCGAAGGAAAUAAAACCGACGAAAACACCCCUCGGA